UGCGGACAGACUCAUUACGCAGCCGUUCGAAGGCAUCGACGUUGUACCCGAUGUCAUUGCGUACGCUGCACGGACACACGGUACCAAGGAGGCCUUAGGUUGGAGAAACAUCGUUUCCAUUCACGAGGAGGAAAAGGAGGUCAAGAAGGUCGUCGCUGGCAAGGAAAUAACAGAAAAGAAGAAGUGGAAGUAUUUCGAGCUUAGUGAUUACCAGUACCUCUCGUUCAUCGAGGUCAGAGAGCGAAUCUUGGAACUCGCUCGUGGACUGCUGCACUAUGGAAUACAAAAGGACAACGUCUUCAACAUCUACGCGCAGACAAGCGCCAACUGGCAACUCAUGUCCCACGCGUGUACUACCAUUGCUACGCCCGUGGCUACGGCAUAUGAUACCCUUGGGGAGAGCGGGCUGACACAUUCCCUUAACGAGCCGAAUUGUGUUGGCAUUUUUACCAACGCAGACCUUUUCCCCACAUUGGCGCGUGUGGUUCAGAACACCCCUUCUGUGAGGUUGGUGGUCUACGACGGGGAACCCGACGCAUCUCUGCUUGACGAUAUCCGUAACGCGCGUGAGAACGUGGUCGUCGUUUCUAUUGACGAUCUUCGUGAAGUAGGCAAGGCUCAACCCGCCGAUGCCCUCGAGAGCAGGAAACCUGCAAAGGACGAUAUGGCUCUGAUCAUGUAUACCAGUGGAACCACCGGUGCACCAAAGGGUGUUGUUCUUACACAUGCAAAUGUCGUAUCUGCUAUCGGUGGAGUGUUCCAUUUGCUUGGACACCACUUACGCUCGGACGACUCUUUCCUUGCAUAUCUCCCCUUGGCUCAUAUCAUGGAAUACGUCGUUGAAGCCACUCUAUUCACCGCAGGCAUGAAGACCGGCUAUGGUCGUGUCAAGACGCUCACUGACGCGUCCGUUCGGAAAUGCAAGGGUGACCUCGUCACCUUCCGGCCUACUAUCAUGGUGGGCGUUCCAGCUGUCUGGGAAGCGAUUCAGAAGGGUAUCAUCGCCAAGGUGAAUGCGGGUGGCCUGGUUAAGAAGAAUCUGUUCAACCUCGGUUACGCCUUGAAGAGGUCUCGGAUACCAAUUUUGAGCCAAGUUGCGGAUUCUGUGGUGUUCAGCAGUGUUCGAGCUGCAACGGGUGGGCGGUUGCGUCUUGCGUUGAGUGGUGGCGCUGCCCUGAGUAAGGAGACACAAGAGUUCUUGUGUGUUGCUCUUGUUACUAUGCUUCAAGGUUAUGGUAUGACGGAAUCCUGUGCUAUGUGCGCUAUCCUUCCCCCCGAAUUGCAGCAAUAUGGUUCUGUCGGCUUGCCUUCGCCUUCCAUUGAGAUCAAGUUACGGGAUGUGCCAGAAGCUGGGUACAAGUCUACCAACAAUCCACCUCAAGGCGAAGUUUGUAUCAGGGGACCCGCGGUGACCAAAGGUUAUUAUAAGCGACCGGACCUCAAUAACGACGAGAACAUAUUCACCAAGGACGGCUGGCUGCGGACAGGUGAUGUUGGCCAGUGGAACCCUGACGGCACGUUAUCUUUGAUUGACCGUAUCAAAAACCUUGUGAAACUUCAGGGUGGAGAGUACAUCGCGUUGGAGCAACUUGAGACCGUGUACAGGUCUUGCAACAUCCAGCCUAUCGCGAUCCUUAUUCCGCAUGAGUUAAACCUAAGACAUACACUCGAGAGCAAGUUGAAUGGCGUCGACGCGAGUGCCCCUCUGUCAGAGUUAUGCCACAACAAGGCGGUGCAAGAAUUGGUCUUGAGAGAGUGCAAUGCGGUGGGAAAGAAGAACGGCCUCAAGUCUAUGGAAACGCUCGAGGCUGUCAUCUUGACUGCGGAGGAAUGGACCCCCGAGAAUGGGCUUGUAACGGCUGCUCAGAAGCUGCAGCGAACCAAGGUUGCACAACAUUUCGAGAAGGAGAUUAAGGAGAUAUACCGCAACCAGUAAUUUGGUGGUCUUUUGACUGUUCUUCGUUGGUUCCGUCCUGUAUCUAUGUAGUUGAUAUGCAAAGUGCUUUAUUUGAGUGCCG